AUACUGGCGCUUAGAUGCCCGAAACGAACCGCUGCUUCAAAUGUUUUGUUAUCUUAUUUGUUCAAAUUACCUAUUUUUAAAUUUGGUUCAAUAAACGGAAAAACCUCAGGAGUGUUUCUGUUUCAGAAAUAGCUCAGGAACGAAAACGAUCGGGAGUUCAAGCUGAAAUUGUUUACUUUCUGUUUUCCCUAAAAGGAAGUGCGCCUGUGAAUGUGGCUGGAUGAGUUAUGAUGGAGAUCAGAGAUGAUGAAGAGGUAGCAAAUGGCCAUCACAUUCAGCCAUCUAACGCAGCUGAAUUGUCCUCCAGUUCAACACAUGGAAAUCCAAGCGAGGAGGAGGAUGACAUCUUUAAACACUCCACCACUCUGACCAACAAGCAGCGUGGGAAUGAAGUGACAAUGCGGCCUGCAACACUAGACUCUCUGUCCAUUCAUCAGCUGGCAGCUCAAGGCGAUGUUUUACAAGUGGCUACACAUAUAAGUAAAGAUGGUUCAGUGCUCAGCAGACAGGAUGAUCGAGGCUUUACACCCCUCAUGUGGGCUGCUGCGUUUGGGGAAAAAGCAAUGGUGGACUUUCUCUUAGAAAAGGGUGCAGACCCCAAUACGAUUGCGAGGGAGCGAGAGAGUGCCCUGACAUUGGCCAGCUCUGGGGGAUAUGUGGAUAUCGUUGAUUCACUUCUCAAACAUGGAGUGGAUAUUAACACCUACGACUGGAAUGGUGGAACUCCUCUUCUAUAUGCUGUACGAGGAAACCACAUCAAAUGUGUUGAAGCUCUACUUGCUAAAGGAGCAGAUAUGACCAUUGAGUCAGACUCUGGCUACAGUCCAAUGGCCUUAGCUGUAGCACUCGGACACAAAAAAAUUCAGAAAGUGUUGGAGGACCACAUCCUGAAACUCUACAAGCCACAGACGUGACAUUAGCAAAGAAAGAAAUAUCUCUCAGAUCCAUGCGACAUUUUCAGACACCGGCAAAAACAUGAGACGCAAGAAAAGAAUCAAAGACGGAUCCAUUUACUUCCAUUUUUUU